AUGGCGACGAGCCCGCUGCCCGCCCCCACGGACAUCCUGCUGCCGUCGCCGUCGGGCGCCUUCCCGCCGGAGCCCAUGAGCCAGGCGCGGGCCGGCCACGCCGCCAUGAAGCCCAACCAGGUGGGCCAGGUGAUCCUCUACGGCAUCCCCAUCGUUUCGCUGGUCAUCGACGGGCAGGAGCGGCUCUGCCUGGCGCAGAUCUCCAACACACUCCUCAAGAACUUCAGCUACAACGAGAUCCACAACCGUCGGGUGGCUCUGGGCAUCACGUGCGUGCAGUGCACGCCGGUGCAGCUGGAGAUCCUGCGGCGGGCCGGGGCCAUGCCCAUCUCGUCCCGCCGCUGCGGCAUGAUCACCAAGCGCGAGGCCGAGCGCCUCUGCAAGUCCUUCCUGGGCGAGMACMRGCCGCCCAAGCUGCCCGASAACUUCGCCUUCGACGUGKYGCACGAGUGCGCSUGGGGCUSSCGSGGCAGCUUCAUCCCSGCGCGCUACAACAGCUCGCGCGCCAAGUGCAUCAAGUGCAGCUACUGCAGCAUGUACUUCUCGCCCAACAAGUUCAUCUUCCACUCGCACCGCACGCCCGACGCCAAGUACACGCAGCCCGACGCCGCCAACUUCAACUCGUGGCGCCGCCACCUCAAGCUCACCGACAAGAGCCCCCAGGACGAGCUGGUCUUCGCCUGGGAGGACGUCAAGGCCAUGUUCAACGGCGGCAGCCGCAAGCGCGCCCUGCCGCCGCCGCCCGCCGCCGCCGCGGCCGCGCCGUCGUGUCACCCGCUGGGCGCCAUAAGAACAAGGAGCAUAAUUUUUUCAUCACAGACUCAGAGCCUUCAGGAGGAGACUUCUGGAGAGAUAUAGCAGGCGAACACACUCAAGAAACCAAUUCACCUCAUUCACUGAAGAAGGAUGUGGAAAACAUGGGA